CUGUCAGAAAAUUAGUGACGUUUUGACAUACAUCUGUGUUUUAGUCGGUGUUUUAGUGGGCGGUUUCGGGUUUUAACACAAAAAAAUCCGCUUAAAAUGACUGACUCGAAAUAUUUUACAACCACCAAAAAAGGUGAGAUUUUUGAGCUCAAAUCCGAAUUAAACAAUGAUAAAAAGGAGAAAAAGAAAGAAGCCGUUAAAAAGGUUAUAGCUAGUAUGACAGUUGGAAAAGAUGUCUCAGCUUUAUUCCCAGAUGUUGUAAAUUGCAUGCAAACUGAUAAUUUAGAACUAAAAAAGCUCGUUUAUCUUUAUUUAAUGAACUAUGCGAAAUCACAACCGGAUAUGGCGAUAAUGGCGGUAAAUACAUUCGUAAAAGAUUGCGAAGAUCCGAAUCCUUUAAUCCGCGCUUUAGCCGUACGCACAAUGGGGUGUAUUCGCGUUGAUAAAAUCACCGAAUAUUUGUGUGAACCACUCCGAAAAUGUCUUAAAGAUGAAGAUCCUUACGUUCGUAAAACCGCAGCUGUGUGUGUAGCGAAAUUAUAUGACAUUUCAUCAGGAUUAGUUGAAGAUCAAGGCUUUUUGGAUCAAUUAAAAGAUUUAUUAAGCGAUUCAAACCCAAUGGUGGUCGCAAAUGCCGUUGCUGCGUUAAGCGAGAUCAACGAAAGCUCCCCAACAGGGGCCCCAUUAGUGGAAUUAAACACAAAUACAAUUAACAAGUUAUUAACAGCUUUAAACGAAUGUACAGAAUGGGGACAAGUUUUUAUUUUGGAUUCUUUAUCGAAUUAUAGCCCAAAAGACGAUCGAGAGGCUCAAAGUAUUUGCGAAAGAAUCACCCCUCGAUUAGCUCACGCGAAUGCAGCUGUGGUUUUAUCAGCAGUUAAAGUUUUAAUGAAAAUGAUGGAGAUUUUAGCUAAUGAUACCGAAUUUUGUGGGAAUUUAACCAAGAAAUUAGCCCCACCUUUGGUUACUUUGUUAUCGUCAGAACCGGAAGUGCAAUAUGUCGCGUUACGCAACAUUAAUUUAAUAGUUCAAAAGCGACCGGAUAUUCUCAAACACGAAAUGAAAGUGUUUUUCGUGAAAUACAACGAUCCCAUUUAUGUAAAACUCGAAAAAUUGGAUAUUAUGAUACGAUUGGCGUCCCAAGCGAAUAUAGCGCAAGUUUUGAGCGAGUUAAAGGAGUAUGCAACGGAGGUGGAUGUAGAUUUCGUUCGAAAAGCUGUGAGGGCGAUUGGGAGAUGUGCGAUUAAAGUUGAACCUUCCGCGGAGAGAUGCGUUUCAACUCUUCUCGAUUUGAUCCAGACGAAAGUGAAUUAUGUGGUGCAGGAAGCCAUCGUUGUAAUUAAAGACAUCUUUAGGAAAUACCCCAAUAAAUAUGAAAGCAUUAUCAGCACUUUAUGCGAAAAUUUGGAUACUUUAGAUGAACCGGAAGCUCGCGCGAGCAUGAUUUGGAUUAUCGGCGAAUACGCGGAGCGAAUCGAUAACGCCGACGAACUCCUCGAUAGUUUCCUCGAAGGUUUCGGGGAUGAAAACGCCCAAGUUCAACUUCAACUUCUCACGGCGGUCGUAAAAUUAUUUUUGAAACGCCCCGCUCACACCCAAGCUUUAGUUCAACACGUUUUAAGUUUAGCAACUCAAGAUUCCGAUAACCCCGAUUUAAGAGAUCGCGGGUUUAUUUAUUGGAGGCUUUUAAGCACCGAUCCGGCUGCUGCUAAAGAAGUCGUUUUGGCCGAUAAACCUUUGAUUUCGGAGGAGACCGAUUUGUUGGAGCCCACUCUUUUGGAUGAAUUGAUUUGUCACAUUUCUUCAUUGGCCAGCGUUUAUCAUAAACCGCCCACGGCGUUUGUUGAGGGGCGAAGCGCUGGGAUACGGAAAUCUUUACCGGCGCGGCAAGGAUCGGUUGAUGAAGCUGCAUCUUCUAGUGGUGCUCAACCUGAAAGUACGGUUAUUCCUAAUCAGGAUUCUUUAAUUGGGGAUUUAUUAUCGAUGGAUAUCGGGGGAAGCGUUCCGGUUGUUGCUGCGGCCCCUCAACCAACGAGUAAUGUUGAUUUAUUGCUUGGAGGCCCGAGUGAUAUCCCACCGAGCACUACAGGUCUUUUAGGGGAUAUUUUCGGGUUAACUGCAGCUCCUAGUAUGUUUUGUCCGGCGAAAUCUUGUUGGUUACCCGCUGAUAAAGGGAAAGGAUUGGAGAUUUGGGGGACUUUUUCAAGAAGAAAUGGACAAAUUACCAUGGAUUUAACAUUUACAAAUAAAGCUAUGCAGGUAAUUAUUAAUAUAUUGUUAGGUUAUACCUUUGUUUAUAGAUUCUUAAACUUACGCCACGCCCUCUAA